UCUAAAGACUGAAAGGGUAACCUAGCCCAUUGACACUUACACUUUAGAGAAAACAGUUGAUCUCUAAAACGAAAAAGAACAAACCAAACCCCUUAAAUCAAAACAUCAAAAGACAAUGGGAAAUUACAACCUAUUCUCUGAUUCAAAUGUUUAUGUUUUAUGUUAAAGGGGAUCACCAUAGCUACAGGUCUUUUGGUGUUUGCAAUGACUUCGGACAAAGAGAGCAAUGAUGGAGCUUUAACCUCACCCAGGCCAGGAAAUGUAUACAAGGAUCCUGAUGAUGGACGUCAACGUUUUCUCCUUGAAUUGGAGUUUAUUCAGUGUUUAGCUAAUCCCACCUACAUUCACUAUCUAGCUCAAAAUCGGUACUUCGAGGAUGAAGCUUUCAUUGGUUAUUUGAAAUACCUUAAAUAUUGGCAGCAACCAGAGUACUUAAAGUUCAUAAUGUACCCACAUUGCUUGUACUUUCUUGAACUUCUUCAAAAUGCAAAUUUCCGCAAUGCAAUGGCGCAUCCUGGAAACAAGGAGUUGGCACAUAGGCAACAAUUUUUUUUUUGGAAGAACUAUCGGAACAAUCGUUUAAAGCAUAUUGUUCCACGUCCGCUUCCUGAACCUGUUGCUCCUCCCCCCUCUCUUCCUCCCCCACCUUGUAUGCUAAUGCAAGCUCCAUCUGUUGGUGGUCCCGCUCCUGCUGGUCCUCCUUCCCACACUCCUAUGCACUACGCCAUGCCACCCGGAUCUUCCUUACAGAAGGUUGAUAGCAGAAAUGUAUCAGUCGAUCGAAGGAAGAGAAAGAAAGAAGGCUGAGAUUCAGAGACAGCAGGGGCAUUCUCAAGCAUCAUAUUGGCACAGGGGGUGCUAUUUAAUUAAUGUCCCUAUAAAUUUGAUAUCAGACUGUAUUCGGAUUUGAAUAUGAGAAUUAAUAUUUUGGAGUUUUAGGUACAUUUGUAAAUCUGUAACUGAGGUUUACUAAUAGCAUCAUUUUCAGGGUCCA